UGUUCUAUAGGGAGAGUGUGUAGUUUGUAGACAUUGUUAUAGGAUGUACAUACUCGGGCAGCUGUUCAGCUUUUCAAUGCUGAAUUAAUUCUACACUGGAUACUUUAAAUGUAGGAUUCUCUGCUAGUUUCUAUUCAUGAAGAACAAAGGACUUGGGCUUACAAGAUCUUAAAUGUACAUUGUACCGGAUGUUGGUUUGAAGCUGUACCUUUUUGGAAUUAAUUAGUGCAACAGGUUGAAGAAAGUGUUACAUUGUAAAAAUAGUGAAUUACUGUAGAGACCAGUCAUGAGUGAUUCGGAGAUCGAGAAAACUGGAGAAAGUGCGAACAAAGAAGAAACAAAAACAGAGGAUGAACAAAUUGAUGAAAAAGAGGAAAAAAGUAACGAAAGCAAGACGGAUACAGAAGAUGAUUGGGAACUAUUAGACCCAGAGGAUGAUAAUACGGAAUCAAAUGAAGAAUUAAAAGAUGAAAAAAAGACUGAAGAGUCAUCCACUGUUGAAGUUGAUUCGGUUAAAGAUGACAACUCAGAAGAAAAACAUGCAAAGGAAGUGAUGGAUGGUGUAGAGGAAGGUGUAGAGGACGUAAUCGUUGAUUCACCCUCUGAUGCAAACCUUGAGAGUAAAGUACUAAAUCACCCACUAGAAGAUGACACAAAGAAAGACGCCGAUGAGCCAGCAAAGGAACAGGACGUAGACACGGAGCCAAUGGGAAAGGAUAUCGAAAACACUGAUGUACCAAUGGAGCCAGUCAAAGAGCAAGACUCAACCGGAGAGGCUGAAAAGGCUGAAGAAACCGGACAGACUGCAGUGGAUGAAGAUAAGCAAAUUGAAGAGACAGAAACAGAUAAAGACCAAAGCAAAGAUAAUCUUGAAACAAAAGAAGAAGAAAAAGAAGUAAAGGAAGAAGAGAAAGAAGCAAAGGAAGAAGAGAAAGAAGCAAAGAAAGAAGAAAUAGAAGCAAAGAAAGAAGAAAUAGAAGCAAAGGAAGAAGUAAAGGAAGAAAUGCCACCAACUGAUGAAGUUACACUGCCUAAUUUAGGGGAUGUCCAAUUACUCCAAUCUGAGGUAUUAAUGGAGCGGGUGAAGUUACGGAAGAGGAUAGGCGGUGCUGCCGGUCGACGCCCACCGACGAAGAGGGCAUCGUGGACUGAUGGCCAAGGGAGGCCUGUUUCAUGGAUGUUUGCUGAUUCCGCUGAACCAAAGCUUGUGGACCAAGAAUUUUCAACAGACGAAGAAGAGGAGAAGGAGGCCGAAGACAGAAAGGAGGAAGUGCACUCACCUCCCAAACCUAGGAUUCCUAUCGGUGGUGUGGCUAGUCCCAUGAUGCUGCCAGGACUAGCGGAUGCUGUUAAAUUUAGGAAAAAAGCUCCAGCUAGACAUGCCAGAGAAUUUGGAAAUGCCUCAUCUAAAUCGAAUGAAAACACAGAAGUUAAAUCACCGCCAUGGGCCAAAAACGUUUUGAAGUCUCCAAGUAACGAUGGGGGGUUUAAUAAAGUAGGAGGACUUUCUCCUUCCUGGGCUUCGGGCAGUGCCUUCAAACAAUCCAAACCAGCCAAAGAAAUCCCAGAUAAACGCCCAAAACCAGCCGUCCGUCCUAGGCCUAAACCUCGGCCGAAGUCCAUCGCUGUUAUGUCUGACAUCCAUGGCCAAUCCAUGUUGAUCUCCGAAGAACUGCUCCAAAAGGUUAAUAAGCAAUCAAUAAAGCGCAAGGAUGAGGAAAAGAAAACUGACCCAGUAAUUGAAACAGAAAAAAAAAUAGUUAAUAAUGAACAGAAUAACAAAUCCCCAGUCAGUGUCAUAAUAAAGACUCCGUCUGUUGAAGAAAAACCUCAAAGUCCUUCGCCGGUGCUAGAGAAAAAGCUAAAUUCGGACAUUAUCAAUUCACAGAAGAAAAUGGAGGACAAGAAGGAGAAAGAAGAUGCUCCCAAAACACCUCAGUGGUUGGAUCAAAAGAAAAAAUUACCACCAAUACCAAAAAAUAAACCUAAGCCUGCUGCGAGGCCAGUGAAACCUGAUAAACCAGCAGCUUCAGAACAGCCACAGUGGAAGCAAGCUCUAAUAAUGAAGAAGAAGGAAGACGAAGCACAAGGAAAGACGAAACCGUUAGUUGUACCGCAACGAAAAGCAAACCCGAACGCACCAGUCAUCACAACACUACCAGAUUGGAAACAAGAUCUGGCUGAUAGGAAUAAAAAGAAAAGAAAUGACUCUGAAUCUACAUCGGAAAAAGGAGAUGAAGAGAAGAAUGGGAAAGAAAAGGUACCAGAGUGGAAACGACAAGCUGCCGAGCGCGCUCAGAGAAGGAAAAAAUUGGAAAAUGCUAACCCACCGUCCAAUAGACCCUCGCAUGUGGAUGAUCCCUAUCCGGAUGAGAUUCCCAAUUGGAAAAAGCAAACGCAGGAGAAAAAGACUGACUCUCCUAUAGAAAAGGAAAAUAUAGAUAUUAAGAUUGUAGACGCAAUACAUUCAGUCACCGAAAAUGUAGAGAAUAACAAAGAGCAGUCGGGUAAUAUUCCACAAUGGAAGAGAGAAUUAAUGGAACGUAAACAGAGGACUCGUAGUGUAGGUGAAGAGCCCAAUAAGAAAGCAAAACAUAUAUCAUCAGAAAUCAUUCCAAAAGAUAGUUCACCUUCAGUACCAUCGUGGAAAGCCGAACUGGAGAGGCGUAAACAAGCCAGGCUACAAAAAACGUACAAGUCAGUGGAACACGUCGAGGAGACAUUUUAGAUCAGCCUAAAAUCCAUGCUGAGACAGACUUCUAACAAUCUGCUGGUUGAAGGAGUUGAGCUUAACAAGAGUGUAUCUUGGCGUUGUACCUGCAGAAAUCGCACACUAUUCAGAUUUCAUAAUCACUUAAUCAAUAUGUUUAUCUCAUAAAGUGGGCUGUAUCAAGCUGUGCCAUCAUAAUUAAUGUUGAGCCCGCAUUUCUGCAUGCUGAUAAUAGAAUCAUGCAGAGUUUUCCAUAUUUGAUUUGCAAUAAUGUAUCACAGGGCUCACGUUUUCAUGUAAUAUUGAAUGGGAAAAUAUCUUGAACAGAGAUAUUGUUCAGUUUUUACAUAAAAAUUAUACCUAAAAAUUAUAAACAUCAGUCCCAUUAAGAGAGAGCUACAACAUUAUAAAAGAGCUGCUUUAACAACAUAUAUUUUAUUCUAAUAUUUUUUGUGAAGAAUUGGAUGUAUAUAGUUUAUCUUAAUCCACUGCAAUCCAUAAUUUUUUUUAUGCAGCUUCAAUUUUUUUUUGAAAUUUCAAACUUUAUAAUAUAAUAAUUUUGUUGUUGAAACAGAAUAAAAAAUGUAUAGUUAAAAGUUUGAGGAUAAAAGAUAACAUUUCCAUUUAUAUGAAAGUGUGUUAAUGUACUGUAUAUCUGUAUGUUAUAUCAAAGAUUAUGAUUGUAAAAAAAAAAAUACCAUUCUAAGUCAUGAAAAUUAAUCUAUAAUAUUUUUUCCAAUACUGUUGGUGAUUUAUAAAUUGAAUGUUUUUUGCUGAUUCA